CUGAAGUUGGUGAAUUCCAACACUCGAGGGAGGACGAGGUGCGACGCCGAGGCGUCUCCUAGAGACACCGCGGAACCUCAUCCUUGUCCUUCCUGACACUUGUUUCUCCAUCCAUCAGCUCAUCAUUCUCACUACUUCUGGCAUCACUACCCAUCACAUUACACAGGAUUAUUAUUUGCCUCACCCACCCACAGCCCCUCCAACAUACGCACACACGCGGCUCACCCCAGUCGAAUCUCAUCCCCCCUGCAAGACGCUCUUCCGGGGCGUUAGGACAUGCAUGGCCUAUCUGAUUUACCCUUUCCAAUUCUCUGGCCCUCCUAGAUCCUCGAGUCACCUUCCUGGCAUCCACCUUUCCCUCGAUCAUGGUGACACGACAGCACACUGAGCCGUAUUUAGCAACCUCAAACAGCUAAGCCAUACAUCGUGGGCACAAGUGAAUUGCGGCCAUGACAACCACUCGCUAAAAGAGCUAGCCAGCAUUACACUCGUUUAUUGUGCUGAGAGAAGAAAAAGGGAACAUAUCCAAAUUUCUGAAGGCGCUUUAGAGGCGCCGUACGUUCAGCAUGGCGAAGCGAUUAUCAUCGUUAUUUUCACUCUCGCGCGAUUCCGCCGACAAGGUUGAUCCCGAUAUCCCUCCAACGAUGGAAAGUGCGACGGCGACCUCUCCUCAUAUUCCACCUCAGUCUACUGGCCACGCCAUAUCGCACAAACUGCACAAACAUCGUAUGACCUCUUCCUCCGAGAUCGAUCUGAACGCUAGCCUACCUCCACUUGCUCCGCCUCCUCUCCUCUCCGACGCUGGAGCGGUGCGCCCCCCGAGCAGCCAUCAGAGCGCACCGGACAGCUUGUCUGGGAGUAGGAAUAGCAGUCCACAUAGCCUGGCACGGAGCAGGGAUGCUAGCAGGAGUCGGCCUCAGACACCCAACUUGUUAAUACCUCCCGGUACAGCCGGCACACCAGGUCAAUCUGCGACGCCCCCUUCGGCAAAGAUUGCAAAGAAGAAGAGUUGGCUUCAUGGAAAAUCAGAUAAACAUAAAUUUGAUAACGGCCAAGGGGCGCACAACGCGUGGAUCGCUGGGCUGCGGGAGCAUGUGGCAUACGACCUGACGCCGCUGUUGACAGGCGAGAGAGUUCCCGAUCUCUGGAGUGAUUACGGUGAUACGGUCAUAUAUCUUUAUCCUCCAUCUUCGGGCAAGGGGCCUUGUUUUCGUAUCGACUCCGCCCUCCUGGUUGACUCAAGGUCCCUCGUCGACCUUCGCAUGCAGUCUCCGACCUCGCCCGUCGAUAGAAACAGCGACGUUCCUCAAAUGCAGGCCGCCUUCUCAGAAAUGUCAAUGACCCCAAGACAAAUACGCCCGCCUUCGCAGGAGAGCUCAGUCUAUCGGCCCACAAACUUCUCGGUACCCAAUAUUGUCACUUCAAUCAGCCAGGAGAAGCAUCUCUAUCUACCCCUAGGUUUUGAAGCAGACGUAUCUCAGCCCGGCUCAGAGCUGCACGGAGAUGAUCUCGAACUUGUAGUCCUGUAUCGCAACUUCUUCGCCUUCCUCGCCGGCGGGGCGCUGGUCGCAACACCCAGGCAAGUGACUUUGUUUUCAAUUUUCAUGGGCAUAAGCAGCAUCCUCAAGAGAUUUUCCUUCUCCAACGCGGACGGCUCCACAUGGGGUGAUGUGCCGUACAAUAGCUUUUCGCGUUACUGUGACGAGCUCCGACUGGCUGAUGUGAGGUCAAGUCGUGAAAAGACCAUCGAGGCUAUAGUUCUCGGGGAACACCUCAAAUCAUGGCCAUUGUACAAUGAAGGGUUUUGCCACGCAGUCGGUCGUCUCGCGGAUAUCAAGUCAAUCAAAAGUCCCAAAUACGAGAAGAUGUCGCCAGUCACGAUCAAUCGGCUCGAGCGAGCCCAAAUCGACAUGGAGCAGAGGCUGCUGAUGGUCAAGGGCAAGCUCGAAGACUUCGACUUCCCCUCCAUGUUUGCUGGGAUUGCCAACUCGCAGACGUCGACUGAAGCCAAGCUUAUUCGGUUCAAGGAAUGGAAAGCCGCUUUUCUGGACUUCAGACGAUUCACUAUGGCCUAUCUGCGUCGGCGAUACGGUGCUUGGCCUCCGAAAGCAUCCUCCAAAAAGAACAAUUUCGAAGAAAGUGGGUUGAAUCGGAUAUUGCUGCAGGAGCUGUACAAAGACUUUACAAAUCUGUACGACAUCCUGGUGGAUCGCUCCGCAAUCACGACACGGACUGUCGAUAUGCCACCAAUGGCCGAUGAUGCCGAAACCGACGACCAGAACGAAACCAUACAACAUGCGCUCCGAAGGGUAGAGAGCGAGUAUGACCGAGCGACACCGCCAGUCAUUCCUCCCCUACCGUUCGAUACCCCUUUAAUUCCGCAGUUCUCCAAUAGUUUCAACCGUCGUCAUGUGGUCAUAUCCGACAAAUCGGCAGCCCAAAGCAAAAAGCUGAGAGAGAAUGAGAUCAACGAAGUGCUACUAGGAGCCUACAAUCGCGAAUCGAUCGUCGCGAGCACGUUCAUUCAAGACUUCUUUGGUUACGAGCGCCAACUUGGUCGAGGCAAAACCCUUGACCAGGUCGUCGACGCGCGAUGUGGGCAAUGGCUCUUCAUGUACGCCGUUCUUCAGGCUCUUCCAAUGACCGUGGUGGACGCUAGAGACCUCAAGCAUACAGGAGGCGUCGAGUAUUUCCUGUGCGUUGCACCAAGAGGUGGCCGGCCCUGGAUGAAGGAGGACCAGUCCACGUCUCGAGCAUGGUACAACGUUGCCAGUGGGGGUGGCUACGUGAGUCUCCCAGCAGACCUGAUUGACCACAGCGUUGAAGGAAUUUACCGACGAAGUCAUUGCUGGACAGCUGCUACGAGGUGGCUGGAAGAUUCACCUCGAGAAGGGACCAUGGAAAUACCAAAGCGUGUGGAUGGUGAUGGACUGCAACCGCGACCGGCCAGCGCAUAUUCGCCGUAUGCGAGUCCUGCUCAAUCACCUUACGUCAGUCCGAUACACUCACCACUCCUGCGGCCGACAUCUCCUUCUGGCUCCGGCGAAUUCCGCAACAUCAGUCGAGAUCGAAGUUCGGUCAAUUUGGGCUUGGAGGCCAUGGAUGCGCCCCCUUCGUACCGCGGCAACUCUCGACCCCCUUCAACACUGAAUCCGAACAUCACCUUUGAUGCGAUCCUGGGCCCCAGUGACGAACCGGCAAAGGGAAAAGGGAAAAAAGGGAAGAAGUGAGACGUGUUACUGGGAUCAUGAUUUUGCAUAGCGUGACUGGAUACGAAGCGUUCAUUUGGUUUGGGACGAAUCCAAUACUGCCUUGGUUAUGAGAGAACACCCGGAAACCAUGAAUGACCCUCUGGGCCGGCGAGCAGUUUUGCUUUCCUUUCUGGAGGACAAUUCUGUACUUCUUCUUACUGCCCGGAGCAUGUUAUGCUUCACACGGCCACAUGAGAAACCAAUCAAAAGUCCAUCAUUUCUGUGGCGUCAGUCAUCAAGUGUAAUGCGGAGGCGUGUUUGUGUGAAUGAUUCAUGAAUGCUUCGCGGCGACGUCGUUCAUUCGACUCCAUCAAAAGACUAA